GUUAUACUUCAAGCCGAGGCCUCCGCUUGGUCCAACAGCUUCUCUUUGGACAUCGUGGGUAGUUGGGGCCGGGUGCACUGUGAGGACAGUGAAGACAAGUCCUACGAAAUUCCCAUCGAGUGUGCACAAGUUUGUGACACCUCAGAGGGCGCUCCUGGUACCUGGAUUUCAGUCCCUGCGGGUGGUGCUAAACCCUUCUGGCCAGCAGCCGUGGGCUCCAAGAAGAUGUUCAUGAUUUGCCGUCUGGACUCCAGCAUCCUCACUCCAGCCUUCCAACUCUACGAGUCACACAGUGUGCUUUUGCGCCUCAAUAACAAGGUAGGUAACCAUCCUGGGCACUGCCUAUAA